AACUCCAGUCCACACCAAGAGGAGGCAGAGCCUCCAUGGAUUAAAGAGGAACCAGAGGAACCCUGCAGCAUUCAGGAGGGAAAGCAGCGAGUCUUCAAUGCAAGACUAGAAGUUCUCAUUCACUCACUCUUGUGUGUAAGGAAGAGGAGGUUCUACUUAGCAAGCAGCUCUGUAACCAGGACAGAAACUCCAGUCCACACCAAGAAGAGGCAGAGCCACCAUGGAUUAAAGAGGAACCAGAGGAACCUUGCAGCAUUCAGGAGGGAGAGCAGCUUGAACUGAAGGAGGAGACUGACUCGUUCAUGACUCCUACUUAUGAUGGAAGAAACCACAGUGAACCAGAACUACAUGAACACCAGCUCCUUCCUGACAGUACUCAUGUUGCUGAGGAUCAAGAUCCUGCAGGAAGCAAGGACAAGGACUCAGAAUCAAGUAGAAAAUCAGAGUCAAACAUUCCUGACAAAUCCAUCACAGCAGUCACAACACUGACGUGUCAGAGAAUCAAUAUGAGCCGCAGCAACUUGUGUGUGAAGAAGAGGAGGCUCUGUCUGACCAGGAGAAGAGCUCCAGUCCGGACCAAGACGAGGCAGAACUUCCACGGAUGAAAGAGGAAUCAGAGGAACCCUGCAGCGUUCAGGAAGGAGAGCAGCUUGAACUGAAGGAGGAGACUGACGCAUUCAUGUUGACUCCUGCUCAUGAGGAAAGAGACCACAGUGAACCAGAACUGCAUGAACACCAACUCCUUUCUCAAAACUCAAAUGUUGCUGAGGAUAAAGAUCCUGCAGGAAGCAAGGACAGGGGCUCAGAAUCAAUUAGAAAUUCAGAGCCAAACCCACCCAACAAAAUCUAUCAAAGCAGGCACAACACGGACGUGUCAGAGAAUCAAUGUGGUCCUCUUCAAGAUAAGCCAUCUUUUAAAUGUGGCAUUUGUGGUGAGUGUUUUAAGAACAAGUUAGCUUUACAGACACAUCAGCGUGUCCACAGUGGUAAAGAAACACAUUCUUGCAAGAUUUGUGGGAAAAUGUUCAUUUGGAAGUCUUUAUUAAGAGCUCAUGUAAGAAGUCACACAGGGGAAAAGCCUUUUACUUGCACAACUUGUGGAAAAGCAUUCGUUCAGAAGUCACACUUGAAAAAUCACAACAUGAUACACACAGGUGAGAAGCCUUUUACCUGUACAACAUGCGGCAAAUCUUUCACACUACAAAAAUGUCUGAAAUUCCACAUACGUACACACACAGGCGAGAAGCCUUUCACUUGUACAACAUGCGGCAAAUCUUUCACACAACAAAAAUGUCUGAAAGUCCACAUACCUAAACACACAGGUGAGAAGCCUUUUACUUGUACAACAUGCGGCAGAUCUUUUGCACAACAAAACCUUUUGAGAAUCCAUAUACGUAUUCACACAGGUGAGAGGCCUUUCACUUGUACAACAUGUGGCAAGUCUUUCACACAACAAAAAUAUUUGACUGUCCACAUGCGUAUACACACAGGUGAGAAACCUUACUCCUGCAGAACAUGUGGAAAAGGAUUCUGUCACCUAAAAAGUCUGAACAAUCACAACAAAAUUCAUACAGAUGACAGGCUGUUUAGUUUCAAUACAUGUGGCAAUACUUGUAGAAACAGUAGUGAGCUGAAAAAACAUGUAGAAAAGGUCCACUUAGGUAAGUGGCCUCACUCAUGCAGCACCUGUGGAAAAGGAUUCUAUUUAAAGGCAGAGUUAACAAAGCAUAUGCAAAGUCAUUAAUGUAAAAAGUGAUACUCCUGUGGUACCUGUGGGGCUUUAUACACAUUUAACGAAAAUUUUAUUGGGCACACAGAAUCGAAAAGGUGUUUGAUGAGGGCUACAGGAAAAUCUCCAGUUAUUUGACUGAAUUAGCAAUCGUGCGUAAAUGUGAAUGCAGUAGGGAUUGUUUGCUAGCCACCAUUUAAUAACGAGGAGAGAUGGGAGGAGUUGAUUUUCAUCUUCAAUUUAAGAAAGAAUCUUGAUUUUCAUUGUAUUAAAUGCUAUCGUUUGUGUGAGUUGUACAUGUGUAAUCCAAUCUGUAUUGACCAAUGGCCUUUUAGCAGUAUUUGGUGUACACAGUUGUGUCAACAACAACAAAACAAGCAGAAUGAAGUCUGCACUGACAAACCGGCUCACCUUGACUGUAGUCCUAUGAUUUUUUCUUCCCCAUCAGAGUACAACCAUCAUAUAGAUUAAAUAUUUGAAUUCGUACCACAGAUGUGUUUAACAAUGUGUCUAAGUAAGUGUUUUAAUUUAGUUCCUACAUUAUGUCAAAUAUUUACAGCAGUUUUCAGUUCACAUUUUUAUAAAUGGUCAGGAUGGUUUGUUUUAAGGUGUUUGUGGUAACUGCUACUGGGAGCUGCCUUUCUUAAUGUUUUGCGUUGUUUACUUGCAGUGUUUAGUUAUGAUGUGCAAAGAUAUUACACCCCCCUGCCAAAAAACAAACAAAAAAAAAAAACAAACAAAAAAAUCCAACCCUGUAACGCUGUAGCACCACAUUGUGGAGAGUUACCCUGGAAAGCCACUUUGAACCACUUUUCUCCCUCAUUAAGGGAGAUUCAUCCAUGAAACCAAAAAUGCUGGAUUCCUGGAUAUCUGUUGUGUUACUGUUUUUAUUUAGAGCCACUAAGCAGUGAAAUCAACAUAUUGUUAAAGUUCAAGAAACUAUAAAGGUUUAACAUACUGUAA